UGCAUUGAUAUUGAUUUUUACCAACAGAGGAAGUUGCUGGGGAUGUGCUUUCCUGAUGAGUUGAACCCGGUUGCGGUUACUAUCGAUCUGAUCGACGUCGUCUACGCAAUUCCGAGAAAUGAAACCAUCGAGUCAUCAGUUGUUGUCAUCGACGGUAAUUUCUCAUCGAAAGCAAUCCAAAAGUACUACCCGCGGCAUCCAUCGUUUGUUUUGUCGGGAAAUUCCAUAGAUACACUCAAGGCAAUUCUACUUGAAGUAAAAUCUGCGGAAAUUUGGAACGUAAAAUCACUGUUCUUGAUCAUCGGGACGCAGUGCCAGGAUUCAGCUCAGUCAUUGAAAUUGCUUUGGGAAAUUGAAGCUGUUGCAUCGUUUUUCAUUUGUCGAGAUGAUAAGAGUAAUAGAACUAUGAUCUAUACUUUUAAUCCGUAUUGUAACUACGCGCCGAGACCUUGGAGACGAGUGGAAAUUGAUAGAGAACCAGGGAAUCAAUGGACGUUAUUUCGUCAACCCUUCAGUAAUGAUCCAACAAUUUGUCAGAGCAUCAAGUUUGACAAAUCCAAACAUUUAAACGGCUUUCCAAUUAAAAGUACAAUUUCAAAUGAUCGAGAAGAAGUUAUUAUUGGCAGAGUUCCAUCAACAUUAUAUAAGAAGUUAAAACCAGUGAACGCCGCUUUAUUCCGUAAUUUGGAUUCAGUAUCAAAUAGCACCCCGAUAGUAUAUAUUACUGAAUAUUAUGAUAGGGAUACCUUCUACAAUGGUAAAUAUGAUCUUCAUAUGCUAUCGUUUUACCUUAAACAGGUCGAUGAAAAGUAUUAUGAUUUUUUGAGCUUUUAUAAUCAGGAAGGGUACGUAAUUGUCACAAACAAGCAAAGCACCGUGCUGGUAAUUAAUCGAAUUGUUGGAAAUUAUUUUAAUGUCUGGACAUUUUCUAUCUCUUGCUUUAUUUUAAUUAUGAUUUUGAUCGUCAUUUAUAUAAACAACAACCGAAAUUUACGCGAAGCUCUUUUGGAUAUGUUGGCGCUGGUCUUAGACAUGGAUUUGUUAGUGCCGCUAAGUAGAAUAUCUAUGAAAAUUGCCUUCUUUUCCGCGACAUUGUUCAUGUUAAUGUUUAAUCCCGCGUUCCAAAGUCAAGUGACUUCUCAUCUGGCAAAGCCAGCUCGUCAGCAAAUCCAUACAUUAGAAGAUUUAUAUCAAAAUCAUUUUUAUGUAAGACAUAGUGUUAAAAUCAAAAAAGAAUUGUUAACUACGGGAUUGUGGUCAAAAAGAUCUGAUCAAAAAUAUUUACGUGGACAACGAUGGUUGAAUUUUAGCAGUUGUGAAUCUUUCUUGAAGAAACCUUCAACCGCUUGUAUAAUAGGUACAAAUAGGCUUCCUGAUACAUUACCUGAUGAAUUUCACGUAUCAAAAUACCUGUACUUUAGCGAAUAUAUCGGUGCUGUAAGUAGAAGAAACUGGCCACUCAAAGAUAAACUCGAUAAGGCGGCAAUGAAUUUUGUCGAAGCCGGGAACGUGGACUUUUUCGAAAAACAGUCUUUUCUUAAAAAAAUGUUACGGUUCAAGAAGCUAAUCGAUAGGAUUAAAGCGAACGAAAAAUAUGACCAGUUAGAUUUCGGGUAUUUCAAAUUUGACUACAUUUUGAUUCCCCUGUCAUUAUUCUGGACGAUUUUAGUGUUGAUUAUCGAAAUAAUGCACAAACGAUUCAUAGAUUGGAACGAAAAACGAUUACGGGAAUUGAGGUUCAAAAAGUUGCAGGCUCGCUGGAUGAUAGCGUGUGCCAUUAAACAAAUGGCUGGGGUACCUCAAAAUAUGCAAAAUUUGAACCCGGUUGCGGUUACUAUCGAUCUGAUCGACGUCUUCUACACAAUUCCGAGAAAUGAAACCAUCGAGUCAUCAGUUGUUGUCAUCGACGGUAAUUUCUCAUCGAAAGCAAUCCAAAAGUACUACCCGCGGCAUCCAUCGUUUGUUUUAUCGGGAAAUUCCAUAGAUACACUCAAGGCGAUUCUACUUGAAGUAAAAUCUGCGGAAAUUUGGAACGUAAAAUCACUGUUCUUGAUCAUCGGGACGCAGUGCCAGGAUUCAGCUCAGUCAUUGAAAUUGCUUUGGGAAAUUGAAGCUGUUGCAUCGUUUUUCAUUUGUCGAGAUGAUGCAAUUAAUAGAACUAUGAUCUAUACUUUUAAUCCCUAUUGUAACUACGUGCCGAGACCUUGGAGACGAGUGGAAAUCGAUAGAGAACCAGAGAAUCAAUGGACGUUAUUUCGUCAACCCUUCAGUAAUGAUCCAACAAUAUGUCAGAGCAUCAAGUUUGACAAAUCCAAACAUUUAAACGGCUUUCCAAUUAGAAGUGCAUUUCAAACUCAUUCCGGAGACGAAGUUAUUAUCGGGAAAAUUCCACCAAUAAUAUAUAAGCCGUUAUUACGUCCAAUGAGUAUUGCUUUAUUUAAAAAUUUGGAAUCAAUAUCAAACAGCACCCCGGUAUUAUAUAUGGGUAGUCAUUUGAAUAGUAUCACUGACAAGCGUAAAUAUGAUCUCCAAAUGUCAUUGGUCCUUCUGAAGAGCCUCAAAAAUUCUAAUUUUAAUUUUUUGAGCUUUUAUAAUCAGGAUGGGUACGUUAUUGUCACAAACAAGCAAAGCACAGUCCUGGUAAUUAAUCAAAUUGUUGAAAAUUAUUUUAAUGUUUGGACAGCUUCUAUCUCUUGCAUUAUUUUGAUAUUGAUUUUAAUCGUCAUUUAUAUAAACAACAACCAAAAUCUACGCGAAGCUCUAUUGGAUAUGUUGGCGCUGUUUAUAGACAUGGAUUUGAUGGUACCGCUAAAUAGAAUAUCUAUGAAAAUUGCCUUUUUUUCCGCAACGUUGUUCUUUUUGAUGUUUAACCCCGCGAUCCAAAGUCAAGUGACGUCUCAUCUGACAAAGCCGGUAAAAUAUGUUGAAAGUCUUCAUGAGGAAUUGUUGUCAAUGGGAUUGUGGUCAAAUGAAUCUGAUCAAAAAUACUUACAUGGAGUAAGGUACUUGUAUCCCAACGAUUGUGAAGCUUUUUUGAAAAAACCUUCAACCGCUUGCAUCAUGCGUACACAUCAGCUUCCUAACUAUUUCCCUGAUGAAUAUCACCUAUCAAAAUACCUCUACUUUAGCGAAUAUGUCGGUCAUGUAAGUAGAAGAAACUGGCCACUCAAAGAUAAAUUCGAUAAAGCGGUAAUGAAUUUUGUCGAAGCUGGGAACGCAGAAUUUUUCGAAAGACAGUCUACUUUUAAACAAAUGUUACGGUACAAGAAGCUAAUCGAUAGGAUUGAAGCGAACGAAGAAUAUGACCAGUUAGACUUCGGGUAUUUCGAUUUUGACUACAUUUGGAUCCCCCUGUCUUUAUUCUGGACAAUUUUAGUGUUGAUUAUUGAAAUAAUGCACAAAAGACUCAAAGAUUGGAACGAAAAACGAUUACGGGAAUUGAGGUUCAAAAAGUCGCAGGCUCGCGAGGUGAUUGCGUGUGCCAUUAAACAAAUGGCUGGGGUACCUCAAAAUAUGCAAAAUUUGAACCCGGUUGCGGUUAUUAUCGAUCUGAUCGACGUCGUCUACGCAAUUCUGAGAAAUGAAACCAUCGAGUCAUCAGUUGUUGUCAUCGACGGUAAUUUUUCAUCGAAAGCAAUCCAAAAGUACUACCCGCGGCAUCCAUCGUUUGUUUUGUCGGGAAAUUCCAUAGAUACACUCAAGGUGAUUCUACUUGAAGUAAAAUCUGCGGAAAUUUGGAACGUAAAAUCACUGUUCUUGAUCAUCGGGACGCAGUGCCAGGAUUCAGCUCAGUCAUUGAAAUUACUUUGGGAAAUUGAAGCUGUUGCAUCGUUUUUCAUUUGUCGAGAUGAUGCAAUUAAUAGAACUAUGAUCUAUACUUUUAAUCCGUAUUGUAACUACGUGCCGAGACCUUGGAGACGAGUGGAAAUCGAUAGAGAACCAGGGAAUCAAUGGACGUUAUUUCGUCAACCCUUCAGUAAUGAUCCAACAAUUUGUCAGAGUAUCAAGUUUGAUAAAUCUAAAAAUUUGAAAGGAUUUCAAAUAAAAAGUACGAUUCCAUUUGGUCUCAACGAAGUUAUUAUCGGCAGAAUUCCACCAGCAAUAUCUAAUUGGUUAUUACCAGUGAACGUCGCUUUAUUUCAAAGUUUAGAGUCAAUAUCAAAUAGCACCCCGGUAGCAUAUAUUACUAAUAAUAAUGAUGAGAAUAUCUUUUACAAUGCUAGGGUACGUAAUAAUCACAAACAAGCAAAGCACAGUGCUGUUUCUAUUUCUUGCAUUAUUUUGGUAUUAAUUUUGAUCGUUAUUUAUGUGAACAAUAACCAAAAUUUACGCGAAGCUCUAUUGGAUAUGUUGGCACUGUUCUUAGACAUGGAUUUGAUGGUCCCGCUAAAUAGAAUAUCUAUGAAAAUUGCCUUUUUUUCCGCGACAUUGUUCAUGUUGAUGUUUAAUCCCGCGUUUCAAAGUCAAGUGACGUCUCAUCUGACAAAGCCGGCUCGUCAGCAGAUCCAUACAUUAGAUGAUUUAUAUCAAAAUAAAUUUCACGUAAUAUUUAGUAAUGAUAUUUAUAACGAAUUGUUAAUACUGGAAUUGUGGUCAAAUAAAUCUGAUCAAAAUUAUUUACAUGGAAAACGAUCGUUCGAUUUUUACGAUUGUAAAGCUUUCUUGGAAAAACCUUCAACUGCUUGUGUCAUAGGUACAUUUCGGCUUCCUGAUAAAUUACCUGAUGAAUUUCACGUAUCAAAAUACCUGUACUUUAGCGAAUAUGACGGUGUUGUAAGUAGAAGAAACUGGCCACUCAAAGAUAUAGUCGAUAAGGCGGCAAUGAAUUUUGUCGAAGCCGGGAAUGCGGAUUUUUUUGAAAAACAGUCUUUUUUAAAAAAAAUGCUACGGUUCAAGAAGCUAAUCGAUAGGAUUAAAGCAAAAGAAGAAUAUGACCAGUUAGACUUCGGGUAUUUCGAAUUUGACUACAUUUUCAUCCCCCUGUCUCUUUUCUGGACGAUUUUAGUAUUGAUUAUCGAAAUAAUCCACAAAAGAUUCAGAGAUUGGAACGAAAAACGAUUACGGGAAUUGAAGUUGAAAAAGUUGUGUACCUCAAAACAUCCAAAAUGUUUAGUUAUCACGUGA